UGUGAACAGAGACUUCGACCUCGUGCGAGUUGUAGUGGGAUCGAGACGUUAUCAGCGAGACGAGAUUUCGCAGAAAGUUUGGGUAGUGCAGAUCGUAGUAUGUCAACGAAUACUAUCGAAAUAGCUCCAUUGGCUAACUGCAACGAGUUGAAUGAGAAAUACGAUGAAUCAGUGCAACAAAUCCCAACGAGAUCCCUACCGACCCCACCGUUUCAAUCGCCAAAUCAGGACGACUCAGAGUCCGGCUCGUCUUUCGUCACUGCCAUUGGUACACCGGCCUUUACGAGAUCAGAGGUAAAUUUGGCAGCCUUUGAAUGA